UGCAGCGGCAGCGGCGAAGCGGGGUCCGCGAGCGGUCGGAGGAUCGGGCCCUUCGUCGCUCCCCGUGGAUGCCGAGCCGGGAGGGGGAUCGCUUGUGCCGCAUCCAGGCCCACGGGGUGAGCAAUGAACAAACUGCGGCAGAGCCUCCGGCGCAAGAAACCAGCCUACGUCCCGGAGGCAAGCCGGCCCCACCAGUGGCAAGCCGAUGAGGAGGCGGUGCGCAAGGGGCGCUGCAGUUUCCCAGUGCGGUACCUGGGAUACGUGGAAGUGGAGGAGUCCCGAGGGAUGCACGUGUGCGAAGAAGCGGUGAAGAAGUUGAAAGCGAGCGGCCGCAAAUCUGUGAAGUCCGUGCUUUGGGUCUCAGCGGAUGGGCUGCGCCUGGUGGACGACAAGACCAAGGACCUGAUCGUGGACCAGACCAUCGAGAAGGUUUCCUUCUGCGCCCCGGAUCGCAACUGUGAUAAGGCCUUUUCCUACAUCUGCCGGGACGGCACCACCCGCCGCUGGGUCUGCCACUGCUUCCUGGCCCUGAAGGACUCGGGGGAACGCCUGAGCCACGCUGUGGGCUGCGCCUUUGCCGCCUGCCUGGAGCGCAAGCAGAAGCGUGAGAAGGAAUGUGGGGUGACGGCCUCCUUCGAUGCCAGCCGCACCAGCUUUGUCCGGGAGGGCUCCUUCCGAUUGCCCGGCCCCCCGGCCUCUGCCUCCCGCCCCUCAGGAGCACGGCCCCCCCAGGACAGGAAAAAAGUCUCUAAGCAGCGGCCGCCCCCCUCGGCCCCUAUCCCGACCCCUGCCCAGCCCGGCAGCGCCUCUCCCCCUCAGGGGGCCACAUCCCCGGAGGAGAAGGCUGAGGCAGGGGGGGCACAUGCCAUCCCUCGCCGCCAUGCCCCCCUGGAGCAGCUGGUGCGGCAGGGCUCCUUCCGAGGGUUCCCCACCCUGAGCCAGAAAAACUCUCCCUUCAAGAGGCAGCUCUCCCUCCGCCUGAAUGAGCUGCCCUCCACCCUGCAGCGCAAGGGGCACUCGGAGAGCACAGUCUUAGAAGUGGACUCAGCUCCUGGCAGGGACUUGGAUGGCAUCUCUGCUCUCUGCACUCAGAUCGACGCCUCGCUUAACCAACCGGCUGGACAGCCCCCCACGGCCAUCAUGCCCACGGAAGGGGGCAGCACAGGACCCCCUUCCUCAUGGAAUGACCCACCUGCCAGCCCCCUGGUCCAGCCGGGGCACAAGCGGACACCGUCAGAGGCGGAGCGCUGGCUGGAAGAGGUCGCCAAGGCUGCCAAGGCGCAGCAGCAGCAGCAGGUGCCCCCAGCUGCCUCUGCCCCUCUGCCCAGCUUUCCUCUGAGCUAUGAGCCAGCCCCCCUCCCUGCAGGCAUCUUUGCAUCUCCCCACAUGCCACCCACCUUUGUGCCCAUGGGCACUGCCUACGUGUCAGCUGUGCCCUUCCCUGCCCUCACCAGUGUGCCCGUGGUGGGCAUCACACCUUCCCAAAUGGUGGCCAAUGCCUUCUGCUCUGCCACACAGGCUCCCCUCACAAAUUUGGGGGUCAAGGCCAGCCCCUUCCCUCAGGCCCUCCCAGCCCCCCCCCGGCUCAAAGCUAAUGGGACGGCCUGGCCCCCGGAGCGCAGCCAGCCGGGCGUGUCUGACCCCCACCCCGAGCCCGCCGACCCCUUUGAAGCCCAGUGGGCUGCUCUGGAGUCCAAGGCUCCCGCUGCUGCACCCAACCCUUUUUCUGGCGACCGGCAGAAAACCUUUGAAAUAGAAUUGUGAUCCAUAUUUAUAGGGUCCCCCAUCCUGCUUGGCCGGACUCUCCCAUUCAUGGGGUGGGGAGAGCUGGCUGGGGAGCAGCCUUAUGGAAAGCAGCCAGUGGGGGCUACGAGAACUGCCCCCAGACGAUGGCGGGGGAGCCAGGCAGGUGCAGCUGGUGUUUGAGCGCCAGGUGGGCCUGGUCUGGCCGGAUCAUGGUCUGCGGGCAGCACUGCGAAGGCAGGAAACCAGUUCCUUCUUCCUCCCAGUGCCGUGAAUGUGUGGCAGGCUGGAAAACAGGGUAAGCAAGAGGUGCUCCCGCCACAGCCCCAGGAGUCCUUGUCACAGUGAGGGCCACAGUAGUGCCUGCUGCCCUGGGCCCUUCCAGCUGUGCUCCCCCCCCCGUGCAGCAGCAGCAGCAGCGCAUCUUGGGCUUCUCCUUCCACACCUUCUUCAGUCCUCGCACAGCAGCGCGUCG